UCCACGAAAUCGUUCAAUCCCUCCCCUGUUUCUACGCUUUUGAGUUUCUGCAAAUUUUCUUCUCUCCAACAAUGGCGCCAACAAAAGCCGAAAAAAAGCCAGCAGAGAAGAAACCGGCGGAGAAGACCCCAACCUCGGCGGAGAAGAAGCCAAAGGCCGAGAAGAAGAUCGCCAAGGACAGCGGCGAUAAGAAGAAGAAGAAAAUCAAAAAGAGCACCGAGACUUACAAGAUCUACAUCUUCAAGGUGUUGAAGCAGGUUCAUCCUGACAUUGGAAUUUCCAGCAAGGCCAUGGGGAUUAUGAACAGUUUCAUCAACGACAUCUUCGAGAAACUUGCGCAAGAGUCUUCGAAAUUGGCGAGAUACAACAAGAAACCUACGAUCACCUCUCGGGAGAUCCAGACCGCCGUUCGAUUGGUGUUGCCUGGUGAGUUAGCAAAGCACGCUGUUUCUGAAGGAACUAAGGCGGUCACCAAAUUUACGAGCUCUUAGGUUUCAAAAUCGGUGAAUUUUGGGAUUAGGGUUACGUGUUCCAGUUACGGUAAUUUGUUGUGUAGAUUUGGAUCUCGCUGCUCAUAGGUAUAUCGAAGUAAUAGUUCUAAUGAAUAACAUCUUCUUUCUUCGGUAGAUUACUGUUCUUUGAUUGCAAAUGCUGAUGAGUUAUGAUAAUCGUUAGGGUUUCUGUAGAUCUGAUCUUCCAUUUUACUUCAAAUAUCAAACUCCUUUUUAAA